AUGUCAACCUCAGUAGACAUCGACUUGGUGAACGACGAGAAGCCAAGCUCCGACAACAGCUCCGACAAGACCCCGACGACGACGACGCCGCAGCAGCAGCAACAGCAGCAGCAGACCGAAAUGCAGUCAAUCGCGGCCGUCUUUCUUCGCCGAGAUGAAGAACCACCUGGAGCUAGCAGUCCCGCCUUCGGAUCAACGACGUUGGUUGGAACCGGAACCUCGCUCUUUCAUACCUAA